AAAGCUCUCUCCAAUCCGCGACAGCUGUAGUAGCUACCCAUUAAGCUUACCUUUUCCCGAUCUACACGCAGCAAAAAUGGGCAGAGGAGGUCGCGGCGGUCGCAAGACGUUUCGUGGUAAAGGAAGAGGUCGAGGUGGUGGCGGCGGUGGAGGUGCAAGCAGAGACACCAGAUCGGACGCAUGGUCAGACAUUUCGCGCCAAAAUGAGCUCUUCGAAAGCUACUAUCGCACCGGUGGCUUCAUGGAGGAGGCAGAGUUCGAGGAGAUGUGGGACACGCUCAAGACGGACCUGCCCAACAGUUUCCGCUUCACGGGCACAAAGUCCGACGCCCUAGCCGUUCGCGAGAUCUUCAAGCAGCGAUACGUUCCCACGCUUGCCUCUACCAAGUUCGAAGGCAAGCCUGUCGCGCCUCCGGAAGCAGUGCAGGCCUUCCCGGACGAGCUAGUGUGGCACAUGAAGACUCACAAGAAGAUUAUCCGACGACAUGCGCCCUUCGCCGACUUCCAGAAGUUCCUCGUCGCAGAGGCCGCAUCCGGGAACAUCAGCAGACAGGAGGUGGUCAGUAUGAUCCCGCCGCAUUUCCUCGACGUAAAGCCGGGUAUGGUGGUCCUCGACAUGUGCGCUGCGCCAGGAAGCAAGUCUGCGCAACUCGCUGAAAUGAUUCACGGCGACGAGGAGGAGCGUGUAAGGAGGGCAGCGAACAACGAGCCUAUCGGCACCAGCGAGGAAGGCGACUACAGCGACGACGGGCGAUCGACUGGUCUGCUCAUUGCGAACGACACCGACUACAAGCGCGCCGGCAUGUUGGUCCACCAGGUCAAGCGAUUGAACUUCCCCAAUCUGAUUGUUUCGCAACACGAUGCAUCGAUAUUCCCCUCGAUCGAGUUGCCCAGCAAAGACGGUCAGAAGAAGCAGUACCUCAAGUAUGAUCGUAUCCUGGCCGAUGUGCCAUGCUCUGGCGACGGAACAGCUCGCAAAAACCCCAAUGUUUGGCAGAAGUGGACGCCCAAGGAUGGGCUUGGUCUACACACUCUGCAACUGCGCAUUCUGUUCCGUGGUCUUCAAAUAUUGAAGAAGGGUGGCCGCAUGGUCUACUCGACAUGCAGCAUGAACCCUGUAGAGAACGAGGCUGUCGUUGCUGCGGCUAUCCAAGCGUGUGGCGGAACCUCCAAGGUUCAGCUUGUUGACUGCUCUAGUCACCUGCCCAACCUCAUUCGACGACCGGGUCUCAAUUCGUGGAAGGUACUCGACACGUCGGCAGUCUCUGGAGGAGGAGACAAGACUGCCCACAUGUUCACCAGCUGGGAAGCUUACCAGAAGGCGAAGGCAAAGUAUGAGGUCGACGAGCCUGAGCGCCAGUUUUCUACCAAGAUCACCUCUGGGUGUUUCCCACCAAUCACCAAGUCGGAGGAGGAACGCAUCCCGCUCGAACGAUGCAUUCGCGUGUACCCUCAUCUGCAGGACACGGGUGGCUUCUUCAUCGCGAUCCUCGAGAAGUUGGACGACAUCAAAGCUGCGCAGAUACAAAAUCCAGAGAACGCAGCGAAGAAGUCUCAAGAACAGGCCGAGAAGACAACAGAUUCAUCCAUUCCGACUCCGGAGGAAAACAUUAUCGAGGCUGAUGCCACCAAAGGGGAAGCCGAAGGUGACGCCACCGAUACUGCCGCCCCUCUCAAGCGCAAGUUGGAAGACUCAGAACAGACCGCUCCCCCAAAGAAGUCCAAGACCGAGGAUGAGGAAACAUCUGUCGAGCCUACAGAGGAUGGCCCAACACCAAAGGAGGAAGCUACCCCCACCGCCAGCGGACCCGCAAAACCCGCCUCCUCAAAGCAAGUCGCCAAAGUCAAGUCCGACUCUGCAGGCCAAAAAGAAUACUUCGAAUACCUUGCCUCUGACGACCCAACCAUCACCGCCAUCCUCGACUUCUUCGGCAUCCAGUCCCGCUUCCCACGCGACCGCUUCAUGGUCAAGAACAAAGAAGGCCUAUCCCUCAACAAAAUCUACUACACGUCCGAGUUCGCCAAGAAGAUCAUCUCGCAGAACAAGGACCGCGGCAUGAAGUUCAUCCACUGCGGCGUCGUCAUGUUCGUCGCCCACAAGACGCGCGACACUGACAACGUACCCGCGCCCUGGCGCCUCCAGAGCGAGGGCAUCCGCAUCAUAGAGCCCUGGGCCACCAAGCGCAUCGUAACCUGCACGUCCAAAGCCACGCUGCACCAACUCAUCGUCGAAAUGUUCCCCAAGCUCCCGCGCGACGGGCCCCACGGCCUCGCAGAGGUGGGCGAUCAGCUGCAGAAUAUAGAUAUUGGUUGCUGCUUUGUUCGCGUCGAGAAGGAUGACGAGCAGGGCAUCCCGUUCCGUAUGGUCCUGCCGCUGUGGAGACACCCUGGGUCUGCGAAUCUCAUGGUCGACAAGGAUGAUCGCAAGGCCAUGCUGUUGAGGCUGUUUAAUGAGAAGGAGGUCGAUAUUAUCAACCAUGUUGCUGAGAAGGCGAAGGCGGAGGCUGAGAAGGAGAGUAGGGAUGCGGAGGCGAAGGAUGCAGAUGAGAAGGAUGUGGAUAUGGCAGAUGCGGAGGAGGUUGAGGAAGCUGUGGCUGCCGAGGAAGAGGGUGUAGCCGUCGAUAUGGAUGCGUAGACAUUUGUGGAAAAGCGUUAACACGGGUUGACGAUGGGGAAGUGUGUAUAUGAUAUGCAUUGGGUUCGGCG